UGCAGUACUCUGACUUCCUUUGUCUGUAUGGGGGUGGUCUUCAAACAUGUCAGGAAGUAUUUGUUUUUCAUAAAAGGGUCAAGAAUUUGUUUUUUUCCCAAAGAACUGUCCUGACCUCCACGUUGGCCAAUUUAUGUCAAGAAUAAAAACCGGGCCGUACAAUUCUUAAAGGGAGUAUAGUUUAUUCUGAUUGGUGUGUAUAAUUCAAAAAUGUAAAUUCCCGCCUAUCGGUCAUGAGCUGUGGUUGGCUCUCAGCUGCUUCCUUCCGGUGCGAUUAACGACGCGGAAACAAAAAGAAAAAAAGAAAUAGAAAAAGGAAAGAAGAGGGGAAAGCAGAGAAGACCUGAAAACUCUUAUUUUGUACACUGUAUUUCGAUUUUAAUGGAAUAUAUUGAGGAUAUGAGACAAAUGUUUUUAGCCACAUAACUUUAGAUUGAAAGUGAAUUAUCCAUCUACAUUUUGAUGAUAAACAUUUUUUGAAUUUUGCCCUUUUAGCGUACACACAUAGCUUGCUAGCUAGCUAGUUUGUUGGCUAGCCCUGGUUAUUUUAUUUUGUUUGAUUGUCGAUCAGAAUGGCAACAACUGCCCUGUACGCCUGCACGAAGUGUAACCAGCGUUAUCCGUUUGAGGAGCUAUCACAAGGACAGCAGCUGUGCAAGGAGUGUCGGAUAGCACACCCUAUGGUGAAGUGUACAUACUGCCGAUCAGAGUUCCAGCAAGAGAGCAAAACAAACACCAUUUGCAAGAAGUGUGCUCUGAAUGUCAAGCAGUUUGGAACGCCCAAGCCGUGCCAGUACUGCAAUAUCAUAGCAGCGUUCAUUGGGACCAAGUGUCAGCGCUGCACCAACUCGGAGAAGAAAUAUGGGCCCCCACAAACCUGUGAGCAGUGCAAGCAGCAGUGUGCCUUCGACCGCAAGGAGGAGGGCAGGAGGAAGGUGGAUGGGAAGCUGCUGUGUUGGCUCUGCACACUGUCAUAUCGCCGUGUCCUGCAGAAGACCAAGGAGCAGAGGAAAGGACUGGGUUCUUCCCACUCCAACUCUUCCUCCCUCAGUGAGAAGGAGCACCACUCCAGACACCACCACCAUCACAACCACCAUCACCAUAACCAACAUCAACACCGGCACAGCAGCUCACAGAACAAACUCAGCAGCAGCCUCAGCCCGGAGCAGGAACCAGGACUGUGGAAGCAGAGCCAUAAGUCAUCUUCGAUCCAGAACGACACCCCAAAGAAGAAACCCAAACUGGAAUCAAAGCCGUCAAAUGGAGACAGCUCCAUCACUCAGUCCAUGGACUCUGGAGGAACAGACAACUUUAUCCUGAUAAGUCAGUUGAAGGAGGAAGUGAUGUCAUUAAAAAGACUUCUUCAGCAGAGGGAUCAAACUAUACUGGAGAAGGACAGGAAGCUGACGGAGCUGAAAGCCGACUUCCAGUACCAGGAGUCCAACAUGAGAGUGAAGAUGAACAACAUGGAGAAAGCGCACAAAGAGGCCGUGGAGCAGCAGCAGGCCAAGAACAGGGAGCUGCUGAAGCAGGUGGCCGCCCUGUCUAAGGGCAAGAAGUUCGAGAAGUCAGGGAGCACCCUGCUGUCACCAUGAACUCACUGGCGUCAUCACCCACGGCUCUCCCCCCCACCCACACACUCCAAAACACCAACCUAGAAUGGAGCAAAGACAGUUCUCCAUUUAACACUGAUUCCCUCUUGAGAUCAUAUUUAUUUUUUUACUGCUUUCCUUCCUUUGGAUUCCUUUUGUUUUGUUUUUGAAUUGGGGACAAAAUUGCAGGAGACAUCAGCUUGAAUCAUGAAUACAUUCAGCACCCUCAUGUUCACCACAGGCGCAUUCUUUUCACUUAUGCACUUUCAUCUCACACACACAAUCACACACAGGCACACAUACAUUCAUUCUGACACUCGCACAUGUGGUCUCAAAUACAGAUGAUCGCAUAGGCACCUGCUCAUAUCUGCAGACGGAAUCUGCAUUACAUCAUGCCCAGUCGCACCAUGACUGUAAAACCACAGUCUCAGAACGGAGCCUUCUGUAGUGUGACUGGUGUGUGAAAAUCAUAUUUUGUUUGUCACUCUUUAAGAGGAGCGUGUGGUGAAUUUUUGCUCCGUUCCCAGACUGCAGAAAUGUUUGGUGCACUGUGAGGAAACUGCUUGUAGGAGCAGUUGGGGACACUGAACAAUGAAAGUAAGGGGGGGAGGGGGGUGAAUCUGUCAACACCCCAGGUUCCAGGACAUUUUAUUUUUAUUGCUUACUAUGCCGUUUUCGCAUUUUAACAGACCUGCACAUAUCCUGCAUGUUGAUGCACAUUUUUGUUUUAUUUUUUUUUCCAUUGUGUUUUCCACUGAACGUAUUUUUUUAGUAGCUAUUGUAUACAAUUCAUUUUCUGAUGGAUAUAACUGCGUGAGCGAACUCCGACUGGGGAGUAGAAAGAACCGCUAUAUGCUUCACGACCCUUCGCCGGAAGACUGACUUUGCGGUCUCAUGUACUGUAACCUAAUUUUUAGAUGAAUUUCAAGAAUCAAGUGUGAAGGUUUCGACGGUUAAGGCCUUUGUGUAUUUAAAACUUGUUACUUGUAUCGGUUCCUAGUAAAUAUGUGUAAGGCGAAUUAUUAUAACAAACAAUAUACUUUUAAAAACAUCUACUUGACUUUUUACCGGUAUGUGGAGAGUAUGGGGCUGUACCUAAAGCUGGCUCGCACAUCCACUUUUAUACUUUUUUUUUUUGUUUGUUUUUUUUUUUUCUCAAAACUGUUUCAGAAAUAUUAAAUCUGGUGAAAUGCCCUCUCCAGCUGGUCUCUGUAUUUGAUGUUUUCUACCAGUAAAGAUGGUCAGCAUUAUGUUCUCUUCUGCACUGUAUAUCUCCAGCAGAAUUGACUGUGCCAAUAGAGGGAUCUGCUUUGUCUACUUAAAGAGGUGAUUUAAAUUAUAGCAUGAAGAUUUAUAUUGAAAUGUUCCCAAGCAUUGCUUCAUGAAAGUACCUUAAAAGCUGCCUUUUUAUUUUCUAUAUGGAUAUGCUAAAGUAAUUUCAUUGUGUUUUGACUACUGGAACAUAUUCAAUUUGGUAUGGUUUGCUUGCCCCCUUCUGUAGAGCACCAUUUCACAAAAUGUUGAAUUUUUUACCCUGGUUAACUGCUGUGUUUUUUAUCCCUUUUCAUUUAAAAUACAUUUUUAGCUUGCUUGCCCAGGUGUGAAACAUGCUUCAAAUGCACUCUGAUGCCACUAAUUAACACAAUAUUCUACCAUUGGUACACUGGUGUUGGAGUAAUGCAAAUUGGGUUGUGCUUUUCUUGUCUACUUUGCUAGAGCCCUGUGGUAAUGCCACUGCUAGGAUUCAUAGUGAUGAAACCACAGCUUGCCUAGAGUGAACCUCAGACCUACAAACUACAAAUGUUUUCUGUGUAUAUAUUAUGUAAUUUGGCUGCACAUUAACAGCUGUGUGCUUAUUCAUAUCAAGGUUCAUGUGCUUGUAAGGAUGGCCCUCAUGA